AUGACUAAGAUGUAUCUUGUGCAAAUUAUACUGGUGACAAUGUUGCUUUUGUUGAACACAGAAUACAGUCUAUCACUAAAGUGUUACACAUGCGCUUUCUGUUCAGUACCAUUUAAUCCACACUCACGACUAGUUAAUGAACAAGAUGAUUGUAGAUGGUGUGCAAAAAUUAAUAUAAAAGGUGUACCCUACCCAUUUAGACUCUGUGCAGCUGAUUGUGGAUAUGAUUACUGGAAAAAAAAUUUUAGUUCCUUUAGUUAUGAAUGUUGCCAAAAAGACUUAUGUAA